CCGCGGUACGAAUGUCGUGUGGUUCGCCCGCCUUGUUUCGCGCUUACAGUCACAGGGCAGAUUGGUAGCCGUGGCGUGUCGAACGCUCGUCUCUGGCCCGCCAUCUUAUCCACGGUUAACCGGCUUGCGUAUACAACAACGCUUAUUUUUUUUGUUGUAUAAAUUAAUUCGUUUAACUCGCCAGUGAUUGUGCAGUUUAAUUUAAAAAUAUUUAUUUAUUUUUACUCUAGUGUGACUUUCGCUUUAUUAUUUAGUUCUGUUACGAUUUUAUGGUGGUGUUUUAGUAGUGCGAAAGUGCUUCAGAAUUCGCUUGUAACUUUAAACUCUUAUGAUCGUAGGAUCUAUAAAGUUUUAGUUAAAGGAACUGGACUGAAAUACUGGCCGUACCUACUCAUCGGAUUUUUGUAGGUACUUAAGAAAAUGAGAAAUCGGCAUUGAAGAAAUUCAACGGGAGCACCAACCAUGUGGAGGUAGAACAAGUAACACGUGCAUUAUGUUACAUGCCAAUAACUUUGAAUAUGAAUCUACGACGUUAUACGAUACACUUGGAACGUAUACUACUAGUACUGAGAAACAUAACAAUAAUGUAACGAACUCCACGAACACAACAUGGGCAGGAUACGAUGUUUGCGACCCCUCUUCAUACCCACAAGAUGUCCUCACGACGUCUGUGUUUCACACCUGCAUAUACCUGAUGUACUCAAUAGUGUUCUUAGUAGCCCUAAUUGGAAAUGGCUUGGUGUGUUUCGUAGUGCAAACUUCACCGCGCAUGAAGACAGUGACGAACUACUUUAUAGUGAACUUAGCAGUGGGUGAUAUUCUGAUGACACUGUUUUGUGUGCCUUUUUCUUUUGUUCCUAUGUUGAUACUGCGGUACUGGCCGUUCGGUUAUGUUAUGUGCAAAGUGGUGAACUAUACUCAAGCUGUGUCGGUGCUUGUGAGUGCGUACACACUUCUAGCGAUAUCCAUCGAUAGGUACAUGGCCAUCAUGAGGCCACUGCGACCGCGGCUGGGAAAGGCGACGGCAAAAAUGGUCGUGGCUGCGGUUUGGGUGGGCGCGUUUACAACAGCGGCGCCCAUCGUCGUCGUGUCACAGCUACAGAGACCGAGUGCUUGGCAUGAGUUGUGUAAAGCAGACAUCUGCCUAGAACAGUGGGAGCAAGUAGGACAGAGCGGGCAGUACACUUGCGCGCUGCUGAUACUGCAGUUCGCGCUGCCACUGGGAGCGCUCGUAUGCACGUACGCGCGCAUCGCACACGCGGUGUGGGGGGGACGACCACCCGGUGAGGCCCAGGAUGCCCGGGACUCUAGGCUACAACACUCUAAACGUAAGAUGAUCAAGAUGAUGGUGAUUGUGGUGACGGUGUUCACCAUGUGUUGGCUGCCACUCAAUAUGUUCAUUGUACUAUGGACGAUACACGAAGAAGACGAGAGAUGGGCCACGUGGCCCGGCAUGCCAUAUGUGUGGUUUGCGUGCCAUUGGCUGGCAAUGUCGCAUUCCUGCUACAACCCCAUCAUAUACUGCUAUAUGAAUAACCGAUAUAGGCGGGGAUUUAAACAGGCGUUUGGCUGUUUGUUUCGGAUACGACUGGACACUUCGUCGCGACAUCGUACAAGCAUGUGUGAGGGAGUGCAAAUGUCGGAGAUCGUCGGCGUGAACGGCAUGACGCGACGAGGCACCACAAGCAGCUGCCUCAGCCGCCUGCACAGAGCACCGACCUGCUCUUCCUGCACGUCAGUAAGGAGGGGUCUCACCACUGCGACAAGGACCAGUGCGCCCUCCGCGCCCGUCCGCGCCUUGUCAGUGCGAACACACCUUAAUUGAUGAACUAAGUGACAAGACUUCGUGUACACAAUGAAAUAAAUUAUUAUUAUAUUU